AGUGAAGAGAGAGAGCCGUGUUGAAACAGGGACUUCCCUGAGCCUCCAUCAUCUGCAGGGAGGGAAAAAAAACACUCACACACACACAGCCUCCCACAUACACACACACGCACACUGUGCUGAGAGCUAGCAAGGGGCUUUAAACAGCUUCACUCUAAACAGAGACAAAGGGACUGUAACCUGCCACAAUGGAGGAAAACAUGGAUGAAUCGCAGAGCCAGAAAGGUAAGACGAAGGGGUCGUUUGCUAUUUUUUUAUCUUUCAUCAGCUGUGCCGUUGAGCCAUUGUUCUGUUCAUCCAUCCAUCUCGGUGUCAUGGGAUUCCUUUGUGUGUGUGUUGUGGGCUGAGAGAGAGAAGACAUGUCCUGCAGAAAGAAAAAAAAAACAGCAAACAUUUUUUUUCUCUCUUUAUUUGCACAUUUUUCUCGCUCUUUCUUGCUCUGCUUGUUUCUUUUAUUUAUUUCCCCUCCAAAAAUCUGAAGGUAGACUGUGAUUUUUUUUUAUCUCCCCAUCUCUACGUCUGCUGAUGAUAACACCCAGGAUUAUACAACCCUGUUUUUGUGGUGCGUUGGGUGAAUGGAUGCUUAAAUGAGCAGAUUGUUUGCGUUGAGGAUGAGGGGAGAUGGCAGACACUGGAGGGAAGGUGUUGUUUUGGAGGCUGGACGGACAGAUGGACGGACAGAUGGAUGGAUGCAUGUAUGUAUGUAUGUAUGGAUGGAUGGAUAGAUGGACGGAGGAGGUGGGAGUGGCAGAGGGGGGGAGGGAAGGGGGCAGAUGAGGGUGAUAGAAGGAGGGAGUGUGGGGCAAAAAGCUCGCAAUAAAGCCUAAAAAUCAGAGGGAGGAGGGAUAAGUGGGGCAGUGAUUGAUGCCUCCAUUGGGAUUUUCUUUGUUAGCCUCCAUUGUUGAUGCUUCACGCUUGUCUGAACGCCUUUUCCUCUCCUCUCUCCCUCGCUCUCUGCAUGUCUCCCUUUUUUUCUGCCUGUCUGUGUUGCUCCCUACCCUUUCCCUCCAUUUUCUUUAUGUCUCUAUCUCUUCUCUCCCUCUAUCCAUUUGUUCUACUCUGUAUAUCUCAAACUCCAUUUCAGGCUCUGCAGGUCUCUCCAUCCUUUUCAUCUCUUUCUCCUUAAACCUGUAUUUUCACUCACUCACUCCCUUUUUCCUGUCCUCUCCCCCGCCUUCUUAUAUAUUUUUUCUCCCUCUAUUUAUUUUUUUCAUCGCACACAUUCAAUAAAAAUCAGUUUCCCCCUUGCAUUUUUUCUCAGCAAUUUUUUCGCCGUACCCUCCCAUAUUUUUGUUGUUGUUGUCCGCUGUAAAAAAAUGGGCGUGUCCAUUUUCUUCGUCGCACCUUCGGUCCUAAAUCAGACGUAAGCGGCUGCAGCUUGCACAGAUUGAGAAAUGCACCAAAUAUGAAGGUGUUUUCACAGAAAAAUUAACCCUUAUUUGCAUUUAUCAACGUUUAAUAAUGCUGUAUCUAUGGCAACACCAUUAUGGAAUUGUCGUCUGUUGUGCGAUAGGCGGAUUCAUGUGUUUUUUUCUGGAAGGAACCUGUUUUAGCCAAUCAGAGAGCCAAAUGGUGAGGCAUGAUGUUUCAAGCAAACAUGAUUUUUCAUUCCAGCCACUUUUCUUUUUUUUCUUUUCUUUUUUUUUUUUUUUUCUCGAACGCUCACCCCCACUCCUUCUGUUCAUCCCUUCAACUAGUUCCCAUCCCACAUCCGAGUCAUCACUCGGUAUCCUUUCCUUGAUUUUAAAACCAUUAUUUAGGUCCGCUGACGUUUUCUCUCCCACUUUUACGAGAUUUAAUAAAAGAUCAGGCCUGAGUGAGAUGAAAUGUCAGAGUGAUGAACGUGGAUGUCAUCAAAUUCAUCUUUAUCCUGAGAGGACAGAUAUUUGAUCGCAUUUCCAUCUCCUGGAUGCUCACUAUCAAAUUAAAUGUGUAUUAUUUGCGUGUUAGAGGUUUAUUUAACAUCUAAUACUGCUGUCACUUCAGGUUCUCAGCCUGUUGUUCUCUCUAUGGCCGAUCCACGCCUCUGGUAGCGCUGACAUUUUGGACGAACUGGCUGUUUCUUUGCUUAUUUCGGCUGAACAGAUGACUGAUGGUGUGUUGCCGGCUAACGUCAUCAAUUAUUAACAGAUCAGCUGUGCAAAAUGCAACACUAAGAGUCUAGAUUGUGGUUACAGAGUCCAAUUAUCGGCCGUUGCACAGAAUAAGUGUGACAUUUAUAACCCACCCAAAAAGAAUUGUCUAUUAGUUGAAAAUGCCAAAGUGUUUCUUGGCAACGUAAUGAACCCCAGGUUACUUUUACAUGCACGACACAUCCCUGAAUUAACCAGAAUAACGCCAAUAUAACAUUCCAGCUGCCCAUGAGUCAUAAACACGCCAUAUCGUGAUCGCCAUAGCCUGAUCAAGUUUACAGUUAAGGAACCAGACACAGUCGGUUAAAGGGAUUGGCUAUAGCAGCGUUUGACAUCAGUGAAUGAAUGUGGCGUCAAAUCCAAAGUCAGUGAGCUGAAUUUGUCACAUGACCUAAACUUUAUGAAGCAGGUGGUUGUUCUUCACAAGAUGAUGACAUAACCGAAUGUUACCUCAAGCUGGCCGUUUUAUAGCUAACAUUAGCCUCAAGUUUUUGUGCAGUGUGUGUUUUUGCACUGGCAGCACCCACAACCUCAACUCCAGCUAAAAUAAAAACACUCCACUGGUGUCGACUGUCUCCAGGCCACAAAUGUACUACAGCAUUUUCAUAUGAUUCCUUCAUUCACUGUACGAGGACCCUUUUUUUUUAAUAGUUUGUGUUGAUAAUAAAAUAAUGUGUUUUCAUCAAUAUGCAUAAUUAAGGGUGUGGCUGAUUUGACUGACAGGUGGACAAAUUGUAGCUGUUAGCUGGCUUAGACCCGCCUCCAGUCAGCGUCUUUGCCUCUUGCUCGGUCAACCAAAAGCUAUCUUUAGCAGUGUUUCCGAUAUAGCGACCACGGCCAUUUAUAGGCCUCAAAACUUCCCAUUUCCUCUCUACUGACUUUUCAUUCACUGUUCAGCUCAGAGGCCUAGAUUACCUCCGCUACAAUAAGACAUACCGCUGUUCCAAGGAAUUGUUGUGUUGCAUUGAAUUUGGCACGCCCUGUGGCCGAAGUGGUCUUUGCUUGCUUUGUUGUGUGCAUGCUGACGUGAACAUGUCACUUCCCUCCUUUUCUCAGCAAGAUUUGUUGUAACUGAAAAUGUAAAAUAUGAAGAGAGGGAUAAAGUAAAGGUCUUACCUUCUUACGGUUGAUCAUCCUGUUUUUAUCGGUUAUAAAGAGGCGUCUUAUUUCCAGGCUGUUUUACAACCAGCUAAAAAAAUACUCACUGGAGCUUUAAAUGGGAAUUAACAAAAGGCCUGUAAAGAACAGGAAGUACCCAGUACACAAAUAUGGUGAUUGUGUUACCCUGAAAGACACACAGGGCUUUAUCUGUCAGUGUUAAACAUCAUUAGAAGUUUUAUUGGUGAAGGUGGUCAUUAAAUAUUCAGUUACCAUCUCUUCACUCACAUUUCCAGUUGUAUGCUGAUGCUGAAAUUGGAAAAAGGUUAAAAGGAAAACCCCAAAAUCUUUCCCUAAAUCACAACUCAGCUAUUGAUAUCAUUCAGCGUGACUUAGCCUUCCCGAGGAUACCAUUAUCUCCAAUUUACAUCAAGCAGAAGCGUCCGUUAAUCAGAUCAGAAGAUGCUUCAGAUCUUCAGAUUCAUCAUGUUUUCAUCAGUUUCAAAGCGAGGCAGUGAUAGUUGUCUGUGCACACGUGGGGGGGACUGCAAUCAGCAACAGGACUUAUUGUAUUUUCGUACUUCUCAUUGGUGAAUUGAACAAAAUUCAUCCAAAACACGCUCUGAGAAAGAGUAUCUAGCUGUUAUCGCUGUUUGUAUGUUUCCAUGUAUCAGAUUUAAACUCUUUAUUUUAACAGGAUUACAGUGAUUUCUUUCAGACCUCGGAGAGCCACUGGGCGGAGAAAUGGUUUGGCUCUGAGUUGGAUGUGAAUCACAGGUGAAAGUUUGUGGGUAAUUAUUACUGGGGUGUGAAUGAAAUAUUAUCAUCUGGAAAAAUAUCACCAGCAAAAGCAAUGUUAAAAUCAUCCAACCUUCCCCAGAUGAAUAAAUUCAGCACUAAUGAGCCUUAGGUUUGAGUAAUACUUCCCAGAGUGCAAAUAUUGAUCUGAUUUCGUGACAAAUGGGGACCAAUCAUCAGCCGCGAUAUCUUACAUAAGAAGCUCCACGGUGCAGUCCGAUUUAGAUCUGCAACAUCAAACAUCCCUGAAGUCUUACGCAGAUCAUUCAUGUCGGUGUUUCCUAAAACAAAUCAAGUUUUCGUGUUUCUUUUCUACAUUAUCACCACUAAAGAAAUGUCCAAAAUUAAUGUUUCUGUAGGCGGCAGCAGCGUGAAUGAAUGCUGUCUCAGUUUGGUGAGAAUUAGACACUCAAACCUUUCAGAUGGGUAUAAGCAGAAACAUCCUGUCUGUAGUUCCUUGAUUGUCCACUAGAGGCUGUCUGCAGAAGCGCCAGAAACCACAUACACACUCAUUCAAAAAGGCCAAUUUUUUUGAGCAAAAAUAAACAUGUUUACGGCCUGAUUCAUAAAUUGGUUUUGGUCUGAACAGCUCAUUUCUGUGAUGGCAGAGCAGGCGAUUUGUUUUGAUACCUGUUUGUCUAAGUUCUAAAGUUCUCAGUUUCUGAGGUCACACUGUCGCUAACAGCAAGGAGGCCAGUGGUCGCCAUAGACAUACCGCUCUUUAGGCCACGUCACUUGAUUUCUAUUAGAAAGUGAUAACGUUUAUUAGAGGGUGACUCUAAUCAUUAACAAAAUAAUUAAGAUUAUAUGUUUUUGAAAGAAUCUGUUUUUUGUGCGAGUUUGGGUGUGCAAUGGCUCAUCUUAUUCCCAUAACCAGUCUUUUAGAGACUCUUUUUAAAUGUGUUUAGAUAAAAAUAAUACUUUGCCUUCAUAUACUGUAUUUAUAGCAGCACUCAGCUAAUUAUGGCAAAGGAGACAAACAAAGUAAAACUUGCAAGGGUAGUGUGUCAAUAGUCAGCAAUUUCUCUUGGAUAUUUUAUUAAAUUUUAUCGAAUCUGCUCUAAAUAUUCGUGUUUUGACUCUGUGAACUUUAAGACACGUUUUCCAAAUGUUAAUCAUAGACUUGCAUUUGCAGCUCAUUUUAAUGCACCAAUGAGCUCCGAGUUUGUACUUUCAUGCUAGCAGGACUCAUAAGAUGUUGUAUGUCAGAAAGUGGCUGCUUAAAAUUUCAUUCUGACCCAGUUUCUUCUUCUGAAAUAGAUUCUUCUGCAACAGUGUCUCCCAAAUUCUGGUACACGGACCACCAGUACAUCCUAAAAACUGUCAGCUGAAGUGAUGAGUCGAAUCGUUGUUAAUAUUUGCUUUAUAAACAGGAUUGAAUUGAGUUUUACACACGUUUCAAAAUCCAAAUUCCAAUAGUUGUCGAGUAAUCAUUGUUUGGUACAAAGUGGCUUUAAUCCUUUGUUGUAUCUCAUCAUUAAUUAUUACUCAUUUUGAUCUCCUGCAUUUUUUACCCCCUGAAUUGUGUCUUCUUAAACAUCUAGGCUUUACUUCAGAUUUCUAUGAACGCUGUAUUAUAAUCAGAGUUUUUAACCGCGAGAAGAAAGUCGAUUGAAGGCAGAGUUGUGAAAUUAUUCGGCACACUUUAACUCUCCCAAAUGACAAAAAUACCAAAACAAAAACAAAGGAAAUGCCUUAAAAACGGGCCAAUCAAAAAAAAAAGAAAAAAAGACACCUGCCGUGGUUCGUGUUCUGCUUUUGUCUGAUCCUCGAGUUUUCCGUUUGAGUCCGUGGCGCUCUUUUGAGACAGUCUCUCCUCCUUUUCAAACAAAGCUCCCAUCACAUCUCAUGCUAGUUACCUAGUUACUGCUAAAAAUAGUUCAGUCCAACAAGAGUUGUCAUACCCAGCGAGGAUUUUCUAAGAAAAUUUGGAUUGAUAAUUGGUGAUAAUUGGUAAAAGUGAGACCAGAUCCACUUGUUUGUAUUCGUAGUUUUGUUAUAAAAAGAUGGUUUUGUGUUGUGGUCCAGAUUGAUCAAACACUUGGGACUUACCAGCAACGUACAUCUUGACUUUUUAAAAAGUCCCUUAACCAGUCGAACCAAAACCCGGCGAACAAUCACAUAGUUUAGUGAAACAUCUGUAAACGAGGACCAACAAACACCAUUAAAACACUGAAAGGACAUUUCAACAUGAUAUUUAAGGGUACCUCGAUUCGAAACAUCAAAGGUUUACAUGAAACGAUGAAAAGACCCCGAGGGGUACAAAACAAGACCCUCUUCAUGUUACACUGAAAGGAAGCCUCAGGUUUCCCAGAAGAGGAGGCAGGUUUCAGUUUUUACAGCUUUAUACAGCACGCAUUACCCCAUCUGUUUUGUACCACCUUAAAUAGAGACUUAAUGCUACCUUAAAACAGAGCAGAGUCGACUGAAACAGAUGGUGAAGUGGCAAUAAAAAGACACUUAAGUGUAUUUUAAAACAUAGCCUGAGGAGAAACCAAUGAGAGAGACGUGAGUGUAAGAAAACUCACAAAACAGAUGUCGUAGGGUACCUUUGAAUAUCUACAUUUACCGAGCUGUUAUAGGGUUCCCUGAAACCGAUGAUGAAGUCCGGACGGAAAACUCCAAACUGCUGUGUAAGGAGGAAAGUAAAAAAGGGUAAUAAUGACCGAUUAUCCAAAUAUACAACAACUUUCACAGGACACAAAGAACAUUAAAUGUGCUGUUGUGGAAUCUAAACAGCAGUUAAACUAAUAUUUAAAGGUAACAUUAAAAUAAGUGUAGAAGUAGAAAAGGAGAUAGAGACGAUAGACAGAUGCUACUUUGUUUAAUAGGAAAGAUGUGAAAAGUUAUUGUUGGAGCUGACACUGAGGGGUACAUAAAAACAGAUGUAAAAUAACACAUUAUAGUUUAAUGAGGAAGGUGGAGAUGGAGUUAAAACAUUUGAGUCUUAUACUUUAAAAAGGACACCUUAAAUGAGUUGCAAAAUGGGAAUUAAAAUGAUUAAAUUUAAAACAAAAAGUUUCAAAGAGAAAGCUUAAGGCUACACAGGAACAGGCACAGCUGAAAAAAUACUCUGAUUCUUUGUGUGUUUUUGAUAAAAUAAAAUAUUUAGUUUUUUUUAUCUCCUUGGCUUGAAAACAUGUUCACAGAAUAUCUGCUCUCCCGUCAUACGCGGAUAUGCCGUUCUUCUCUUUUCUAAGCCGACCGAAAGGCUAUGAUUAAUUGCCCGGAAUAAUCUGUGGAAGUACUUUCUAAUUUAUUGGAAAUGUCAGUGGAUAAACUGACUGUAGUCAUGGAGCUGAGAGUGAGCCGUGUGUAUGUGCUUCAUAUCCAUUUCAUUAUUAUGACCACUAAUAGAAAGGAACUUAAUGGAGAGAAGAAUAAGUCAAUACAAAUUGACUUAGCAGGCCCACAGCGGGUGAGAAAGGGGAGAGCAGGCGGGGGAGAGAAACAGAUACCGACCAGGGAGCGAUGAGGAUGAAAUAGCCAGAGGAAUAGUUCUGUUUCUCCCUCUCUGUAGGUAAUGUCAUUACCUCCCAUCAACAGCAGAGAUGAAAUCUAGCUUAAAAUAAGGUCUGCUCUGCUGCUGUGAGUGUAUCACAUUUACACAUCCAGCAGCUGAACUGUUUUCUGACCCAGAGUGGGAGGAAGGAGGUUAACCCUGACUCUGCCAGCGAUAUUUUAUUACUCUGCAAAUGGUUAAAACUCUCUGAUCCAGAUAGAUGCAGUUUCUGGGCAAAGUGCCACGAAGUUUCUGUAACCAACAUCAGCCAGAUUCUUUCUUUUUUUUUAUUUUAACAUGAGCCCUCAAAUCAUUAAAACAUAAUCAGGGAGAUGUUGUAAAAUAAAAAGUGUGUACAGUUUCUGUGUUGAAUGCUCAUAACCGUUUCUGAUUUGGGGUUUUUUGAGGUCAGUGCUUCAUGAGAACAAUAAGCGAUGUUUGGAGUCAUUAAGCACUGACUGUAAAAAUUAAGACUUCUUAUCAUGAGCUAAAUGAAGAAUAUCGAUCUACAGUUGAUCACAAGAAGGAAGGCAACCUUAGAAAAUGCUCCCACAGCGUAAGUUCUUUCUUUCUUCUUUCUUUAUUUAUUUAUUUCUGUACAUGGUUAAAAAAAAUGUAUAUAAAAAAACCACACAAAACAAUAGUUAAGAAUAAAAUAAAAUAAGUGCCUCACUUAGAAGCACAUCAAUCUCACUUAUCACAACAAAAUAAGAACAAAAACAAAACCAGAGUAUCCACAUGUCCAAAAAAUGGGUAAGAAGAAGUCAAAGACUUGUCUCGUCUUACCCCUCUGUUACUGAUCUCAUAUAACUUAACUUAAACACUAUAACUAAAUGUUUUUUUUUUUAUCUUUAAGUUAAGGCCUUGUUUCACUCCGAAUUUAACCUUUGGCAAUAUUUCUGCCACCGAACCGUCGUACUUCAUUGUCAUUUACCUGAACAGACACUAUGAGGUGUUGUUUCUUUGGGUGUCUUUUAGAUUUUAUACAUUUAACUCAUUCUUGUUAUUAUAAAAUCAGUCCACCGGUUGUAAUAUGCCUCACUUUUGGUUUGAUAGCUUCCUGUAAAACGGAUGACUUAUAACAUUCAACGGGCAAAAAAAGUCAUGCGAUGAGGAUGAAAAAGUGAACGAAAGCGGUGGUGAUGUAACCGUUGACCUGCCCAAAUGUUGACGGAAUAAACGCUGAAGCAAAGUGACCGAUUUGAGCGUUUAGUGGACCAUCUCAACAUUAGAGUGACCAUUUUCUAAAGGCGGAUUCAUAGAGGUCUGAGUGGUUCAUUUUGAUAGUUUUUCAGGUCGGAUUGAGUCUUUUUCAGACACUUCUAACUCAGUACGUCCACGCGACACAAACAUAAAACUUCCAUACAAAAUUGCGGACAUUUGAAGGAUUUUAUGAACUCCCCCGGACAGCCCCCAAAAAAGAGGACAUGUCUGGGUAAAAGAGGAUGUAUGGUCACCCCACUCAACAUCAAACUCAGUCCAAGUUCCACUCCUAUUGUUUUACAACUCAAAGUCUUCUCAGUGGUAUUCAAAUUGUGAUUAUUAAGUUUUUUUUGCUAAAAUCCCGUUACCUGUGUCAUUUUCAAGGACUUUUCUUCUGCAGAGCUCCAGUAGAUCUUUAGCGAUUCACCUCUGAGUCGUGGGCGGAGACAGCGCUGCUCUGCACACUCGUCUUCACACUAGCUUGCAGCCUAACAAUGCCUGUUUAGUAGAAGAAACAGCUCUCUAAUGUCUUUAGGAGCAUGAUGAAAGCUAAUAUUAUGAUUAGGGCAUGUUAAUCUGCUAAUGCACACACUUGUUCUGCGAUCGUCCUCUCUACUUCUCCAAGUCUGGCCUGCAAAGUGGGGCGGAGCUUGGAUUUGCUACAUAGGAAAUCUCACUGUGUCUGAACCUGCCGUUUGGGUCUGCCAGAGAGUCACAGCGAUUUGACUGCAGAAACACUCAGAAAAGCAGUUUUGCGCUUCUUUUUUCUCAUGAUAUCUCCUCUAGUAUCAGAAAAAUGCCAUAUGAUCAUGUAGACAAUGAGAAAAACAUGAUUUUCAUCGGAGUGGGUCUUUGAAUAAUUAGCAAGUGUUGGACUGGAAAUGUCCAAAAACACCAUCUUAUCAGUAAUUAAAGGGUCGAUAUCCUGUGGUCAAGGUAUCAUCAGAGUUUGUUUGAAGCCCAACAACCUACAAAACCGCUCCUGAGUAGUAAACACACACACAGAUUGUUUAUACUGAUUAAAUGCAAACCUUACAUUUUGCUUCAGUGCUGCAAAACCACGCCCAUCCGGGUGAAAAAGCGUGUUUUCUGGGGUCUAAACACUCUCGGAGAGCUGUGAGAUAUUUGAAUAUCUCCAGUCUAAGAUAUGAGGCAUUGUCUGAUGGAUGCUGUGUGUGAAGCGCUUUUAGAUGUUAUCUUUUUUUAGACGCUCACUCCUCUUUUAAUUAUUCAUCCUUAAACAGAAGAGCCAACACUACAUAAUGACACAAACACGCAGAUUCGGUGGAUGAACCGUUGGAGUGUGAAUUGAUGGAUGCAUGAGUUAAGCGUGUGCUGCGUAUGGAUUGUGUUUGUCCAGCGAUGAAUCAGACAAUAAUCUCAUAUCGGUGAAAAGCCGUGGAGGCCGCUGUCAUAGAGUCCUGGCAGUGUUUCCAGUUUUUCGCCGUCUGUGGAGCGGCUCCAACACGAGUCUGAGGAUGACAUCAUCACUACAGUCUGUCUCUCUGUGCCGUUCAGCCGAGGCAGGGAGUGGUUCACAGCCUCCAUCUACACAUUCACACUGACGCUCAAUUCAAACCCUCAUUAUGGAGUCUUUUUUUUCUGCAGGCUCUUCUUCCUUUUAAACCUGAAAACUUCCUGCAAAUUAGACGUUAGAUUCACAUCCCUCUGUGGUUUAUUUCUGAGACCUGUGAUGGAGUAAAAUUUGAGUCGUAGAGGCUUUUCCAUCACAUGCAUGUCUUUUAUGCAAAUGCAAAUAGAGUGAGAUCGACUGUAUAAUGCAUUAAAAGGCAAAUGUGGGACUGAAUCCCGCAAUCUGCCGUAACUAUUCAAGCAAAUGAACAUCAACUAAAGGUUGUUCAUGUUCAGAGAAAAUUUGAUGCAACUUUUGAGCUUAAAUUGUGAAUUUACUGAUGCAUAUACACUCUAAAAUCAUGUUGUCACAUUUGCACGACACGAAAACGUAUAACCCUUAUAUGUUUGUGUGUUCUGGAUCACAGUAUCUGGAAUUUUGUCUGGAUCAGGAUCAACCUUUGACACCUCAUAAAACUCAUUGAGAUCCUUUUGUGUAUUUUUUUACUAAAGACUCUGGACAUUUUUAUAGAGUUAAAUGCAAAAAUUCCAAAAUUUGCCCUAUCUCACAAUGAUAAAGAAUCCUUCAAAAAAUUCCUGGAUCCAGAAGGCGACCCGGAUCACCACCAAAAUGUAAUGGGAUCCUCCUGGGGCUGAGACGCACCUCUGGUGAAAAUUUCAGAUCAAUCUGUCUGUAAUUUUCUCCGUAAAGUUGUUCACAGACAAACAAACAAACAAACCAAUAAACCAACGCUACCGAAAACAUAACCUCCUUGGCGAAGGUAAUUAUCAUGAAUCACGUCAGGUCAUGAUGAGCAGCCGUGCAGACUACGGUUAGUGUGAGUCAGGAGAGUUUGGGUGAUAUUUUGAGUCUACAAACAGGUUAUUAGUAACAUCUGAACAUACUUUAAAAGCCACGGAAAGGAGAAACAUUUGCACGAGCAUAAUGAUUAUUUUGUCUGUGUUUAUAUCGCUGUCUAGGUUAAAGUCGCAUUAGAUAGACACUCGUACAACACAACAAGACUCCACAGGUAUAUUAUGGGAUGUUAGCCCCGAUCCAGUUGCUGUUUUCCUUUAAAUGUACUAUUUGUGAUUCACAGGUAAGAUUUCUUAUCUCAAGUUGAGUGACAUCUAGCGACAUUACAGAUCUCUGAUGCUAUGAAAGCCGUCAGAUUUGGGCUUUUACCACAAAAUCAAAUGUUCUUCAUGUUUUACGCAGUUGUAUUUUUUACAUAGACUGCUCUCACCUAAAGGGGAGGUGACGUUUGACUGCUCUCAUGGAUGUUUUUUUGUCAAAUGUUAAAUUAGAUAGGAUAGAUAUGACACCGAACCCCCUUUACACCAUUUUUAGGCAUGAAAAAAAAUUUAUAUUGAUGCUUUUUACACCAUAAAAACACAUUAAACCUUUCAAUGCCUUUUGUAUCAUAUUUGAUAAAUACUUUUAUAUACUUCUAUCUAAUCAAUAUGAUCAAUAAAUUACUAAAAAAAUCACCUGAAUACAGUCUGACUCUUGUAGUUUAUAAGUGUCCAAAAACAUCUAAUGACAUAAAUAAAUAUAUUUGUAAAAUUUUAAGGACAUUUUGAUUCUUUUGGUUUUCAGUAGUAAGUGAAAUAAACAUUUAAGCUCCAAAAAAAUGAAUUUUGUGACCAUAAUUUCUGGUGUUUUUAGCCUAUGUCAAAAAAACCUACUGGUGCUUUAACGCUGUGUUUCUAUCUUGCUAACAUGAAGCAAAAACAGACACCGACAUUAACAUUAAAGUAUUUAUCUAUGGAAAAAAUCACUGUGCGUACUGGCUGUGAAAUAUGCAAACAGUCCAGGAGACUUUAUCAUUUUAAAUAUUUUGUUUUUGCCAUCUGAUAGUUCAGAUUUUAUCCAAAGUAUUUGACAACUUGAAGAGACAGAAAACCUGCGAAGGUCAAACUUUGUUGUUGAAGAAGAAGAAGACUCUCCUCCAAAACAAACAGAUACCGUUAAUGUUUUCCUCUCUGAGAAAUCGAGCUUUAGUCGAAUCUGAACGAAUCAAACUAACGCCCCUGUUAAAAAGUCGCUGAAUUCACCGUUAUGAAAAUCAGAAUGUGCCUCUGUCACAUUUCCUCUCACCACAGCAGCUGAGUGAGUAUCUUAAUGAUUUCUCCUGGUAACACCCGGUCCGGUCGACUGUCUGCCUGUCUGAGAGACAUCCAUCUCUGAGUUGUGAUUGGUCUCUUCGGGGGGCUUCCCUCUCCCAUGUCUCCACAGAUUCACACCAGAGACCUCAGUCAGAGAAAUGUUCAUGAAAACUAAAGAGAAAAAUGAUUAUAUUCAUGUGUUUAUAUGUUUUAGCUCUUCCAUUGUGGGAGCUGUGAACAGAUGACGGCUAAUCUCCUCACAGACAGAGCAGUGAAAACUGAUUAUGGUGGCUCCUAUUAUUCUUAUUGUCAGCUUCAUCUAUAAAACCAAACACCAGUAUGUAGUUUACCAAACAAAGGCUUUUGUUGUCCUUUUUUUUAAUAUAUGCAUUGAGCACAAACAGCUUUAUGAGAUUAAUAAAGGGGUUGGAUUAUAAAAAGUAGAAUCAAUCAGAACAGACUAAGAGGAAAUGGAGUUUAAUACCUACAUGUUUGAAAUUGGUGUAAAAUCCUCUGAAUCACUCAUCAUACAUCACAGGAGCCUCUUGUCCUCAAAGGCCACCGUCACCAAGAUGUUUGGAGGGGUGAGCAAGUGGGCUCACCGGAUCUGGAUGGCGGAUUUCGGUCAACGGGAAUAAAUAAAAAAUAAAUAAAAGUCGUCUCUAUAAAGACAGACACAUAGACAUAUAAGCAGUAGAUCAUGUCCUUCCAGAGGAGGAAAUCUACUUCUAGACUUCUAGAAUCAGCGUCUCCUCAUCCAUGGUGUCAUCCGGGUGAAAUGACAUCUGAAAACUUUUCACUUGAUCGUCCCCGCUGUUGUUUGCAUGGUGUGAAAUACGAUCCGCUUGAAACAGGUAGUGUUUUAUUUUGAAAGGAAGCUGGAUGUUUUAUUCUGGAAAAAAAUAGAACCUUGCCGAUAGGCCGCAGAGUCCGCUGAACCGCAGCGGAACGGAUAGAAAACAGUGAAAAUCGACACAUUAACUUGAAUGGAAACGAUCAGCUGUGAUCGGCGCAUACGACCUUUUCGCAGCCGUUCCAGAUGUGGUGGAAAUUGGGGGUGAGCCAGGAAGCGCAGAUAUCGCCAUGUCUACGCACUGUACCUGAUUUCGGAAAACAAAUCAAAAGUUCAUGUUACAAACACAAGUUAAGUCACAGAUUUUUUUAUUUUUAAUUUAUUUAUUAAUUACUAUUAUUAUUAUUAGUAGUAGUAGUAGUAGUAGUAAAGCAAAGCACUGGCUACAAGUGAAAAAUGAAACGUACAUUAAAAUGGAUGCAGCACUAUAAAGUUCCUGCUAGUUAGCAGCCGCCUGUCAGCUACCGAUAGAGUUAGCAAAAAACCGAACGACUGUCGUUAAGAAAUAGCUCCAAGCUAACUAACAGCGCUGAUUAUGUUCUUCGAUGUUUGGUUUGAUGAUUUUUAGUUGUCUUAGACACGUCCCCUCUCUUUUCCCAGUAAACUCAAGUAUGAGGGGAACUUUAUCAUCCUUAUACUGAUGAGAAAGGACAACAAUAAAACACAACUGCCAUGAUGCUCUCCGAGGUAAACUACUGGACUCACCUUAGCGAUCCUGCUCAUGCAAUCGUACUUUUAAUAAUACAGACGUACAUGUGAACCUCAUAUUACAGGAAAGUCUUCAUACUAAAUAUAAAGAUGACAACUUAACUGUGUGUGCAAAGUGACCGACAGAUGUUUCACAACAAUAAAUAUAUUACAAAUGAACGCAUGAUCUGAAAUCUUAACAAAGCAAUUUGUUAAAUUUACAGACCACAAGGGGGCGCACAGAUGGCCGAGCAAGUUAGCAUGCCACUUGCAUGGGGACCACGGUUUCCGCAGCGGUCGCAGGUUCGAGUCCAGCCCCGACCAUGUGCUGCAAAUAAUUACAGACCAAUGAAGACCAAAACUGACAGUACAGCAGGGCUGAAUUUAAGGCGUGGCUACCAAAGAUAAGUUAGGGCAUAAGUUGCACAAAUGGAGGUUUGAGUAGCCAAGAAAUAUAACAACUCGUUUUUGCACUCUGGUCAAAUUUUGGUCACUUUUAUGCGACCAUGUCCAAAAUAAUCUGAGUCAGGGCUCCAGAAAUAAACCCUCAAAAUCCCAGUAUCUGCUCUGAUUUAUUCUUUACAGUACAACUUCAAGCUUUUGUGCAUCUUUCUCAAACGUCAACAUGAUAUCCAACACACAACUGAGGAUAAAAAAGUUGUGUACGCUCCUGCUUCUUCACCUUGUGUAUUCGCACCCAAUGUUCUUUUACUGUUAUUAAUAGACACGGUAUGAAGAAAUAAUAAUCUCAGGGACGUCUUCUGUCUCUGUGGUGUCCAAACACUGGACUGAGAUGUAGCGCACAGUAAGGAAGGAGAGGAUAGGAGGGAUUUUUGGAUGAACGCACAAUUUGAUUGGCAGCUAGGCGAAUCUUUUCAGGAGGCCACGCCGGCAGAGGCCACCACCAUUAACUCUGCGUGUCAGGACGGGAAACAGUUUAUUUAAUCUGCAUUUUAAGACCUUCUGCACAUCUCAAAGAGCGAAACAGCAGAAAGACUUCGUCGUCAUCAAAUAAGAUAACUUUCACCUGCAGAUGGUGCCACUUUGAGUCUCAUCAGUGUACAAAUAGAUUUGUGUUUAUCUGGGUUAUACUCCACUGUGCUGGACUGCUUCCCUCUCUAAAUGGUGCAGUGGGGCUGAACUUGUCGUUUUCCAUUAGAACAGGGCUUUGACUCUUGAGUGCAUCUUCAGGCCACUCUAUGUGUGUGUUUCUCUCUCUUUCUCUGAGUUUGUGCCCGUGUGAGCUCACUCAGUAAUCCUCCGUAAGAGCUAAAACACUGUCGUAAACACAAACACACACACACACGCGCGCGCGGCAGCUAUGUUGUCUAUCGGACAAUCAGGCUAGACAGAGCGGUCCAAAUAGCUGCCUAAUGAGCAACAGGGUUCACAGUGAGAGUACAAAUGUGUGUCCGAAAAGUCAAACAUGGUGGUUAAUUUUGAUUUCAUCUUUGGUAAACAACAAAUAGUGAUCAUAAACAACAUGUUUAUACUCCCAUCACGUUCUUGCUGUGAGGUAUUGUGAACAUAUUUUGUCGUAGUUGUGCUUGAGCUGAAAUAGAGUUUAUAUCGUGGAUGAUGUAUCAGUUUGGACAGUCGUCCCAGUCCACAAACACCAGGCAAGAAUAUCUGUUAGUCUAAAAGGAUGUCGAUCUAAACUCUAAAAAACUGCGACAACUUUACAGAAGUUUCGUAAACAAUAUGACCGAUUCAUCUCCUUCUGUCCGGCUUCUAACAACCAGUUUCUGCUGCUCAGUUUCUGAGUCAAAGCGGGACUCCGGAACACGCACAGACUGUUCGGCUAGUUUGAGGCGUUCAUAGGGAAGAGGGAAUUUGUCAGCUGAUUAUGAUGAACUAACAUGCAGAGAAUCCAAUGAGGAAAAUCCUGCUGAUACAUGAACUCACAUUAUGGACUUUUUAGAUGUUUCUCAGUCAGUGUUUUGUAUUGAUUUCUCAACACACAUCUUAAACAUCAAUAACUACAUCAACUAACACGAUACACUCAACCUCAGCUGAGAGAAAGGGCGGGACAACCAUUAGUUUUAUCAGCUCUGCUCGAUCCUUGAUUCUCAUUGGUCAAAAAUCUUUAAUAAUCGUGUUUUAUUUCAUGACAGCAAAGUGUUGCCAGUUGGCCUCUUAAAUUUUAGCUUAAGGAUCCGUUUAAUGUUUAUAACCUGUCUGCUAUUAUCCCUCACCUGUACCUGUUUCCUUAUCGACGCUGUUUAACCAAUAAAAAGGAGGAGGAGACAAUCUAUUCAUUUGUGGUGAGCUGGCUUUCAGCCGCUGUGGGAGUUGUGGGAUGCUGUACAACUGCCACUCAGUGGAUGGACAGGAGCUCCGCAGCUAAACCGAAAAAGCAGUGGUUAGUGUCCAUCAGAGGAAUCAAAGUAUUGAUCCUGGACACUGGUCAGCCCCGGACACAGCUCACUGUAACAGAAGGGGUCAUUAACCCAGUUGUGGGCGCCAAUCUUUUACUUAGCUGCUGUAUUUGAAAGGAUGACAAACAUAUAAGAGUUUUGUGGACAUCUAUAGAUAGAUCCUAAAAUAGUGCAGAUGUUACACAGUACUCUUGAAUGACAGGGCUGUCAAUAGACGUCUGUUUUCACAUCCUGAGUGGAAGUAUUUACCUCCUCUUAAACAAAGAAAACAGCCGCACAUAUACAGCGUCACACUCAGCCGUUUGUGUUUAUCCUGUCCCAGUUUUUACCGGGUCACUGGGUCUUUCCUGCUUUAAGCCCAAAUAUGGAAAUAUGACGAGGAUUAUAACUUGGCUGCAAUUCAGGACACACACACACACACGGACACACACACGGACACACAUAGACACACAUACAGUCGCACAAACACACAGCUGGACGUAUGUAGAAAUGGAGAAAUAAAAAAGCAGCGCACAAAAUGUCUCUCAGAAACACCUUCACACAGAACUCAUAACACAUUUAUAUCUCCCUCCUCCUCCUCCUCCUCCUCCUCCUUCUCGCUGUGUCUCCGUCUGCCUCUGAAAAAAGGCCCGAAUCUUCUUCUUGUGUGAACAUAAGAGACAGAAACGAUGAGUGCAUUACGGACCAAAACUAGCAUGUAGCAUAUUAGCAAUGCAUGUUUUAUUAAAUGGAGUCAGACGGAGUAAAAUGGUACCUCCCUACCAGGCACAGCAGCCAUUUUUGUUCCUCUCUUCUAACGCUCUUAUUUUGACGGGGCACGAAUCAAAAACCAUCCGGAGACGAUUUUUCACAAACUGAGACGAGAACGAGAUCGAGAACAGGCUGUGUGUCAAAUGGCUGCUGAGCGCGAGAGCGUUUCUGCCUCUGAGUGUGUGUGCGCGUGUGUGUGUGUGUUAGUGUGUGUGUGUGUGUGUGUGUGUGUGUGUGUGUGUGUGUGUGUGUGUGUGUGUGUGUGUGUGUGUGUGUGUGUGUGUGAAAAUGUGACUGUAGCGCUCGAAGAGCCGCGCUUGUUGCCAUGACUACGCUACAGGCAAAGUGGGUCAGCGGGCUCCUGCCACACCCCUGUUGGCAUGGCAACAAGGCUGGUCAAUUAAACCUGAGAAGUGCAAUGACUCAGACACACACACACACACACACACACACAAAACAUACACACACUAACAAACAAAACCCCAAAACCCAAGAGAGUAAGAAAGACAAGUGAUAGGUGUGUGUGUUUGUGUGUGUGUGUGUGUGUGUGUGUGUGUAAGUGUAGGUGUUGUGUGAGUGCGUGUGUUUAUGAAUUUUAUAUAUACAUACAUAUAUAUAUAUAUAUGUAUAUUUAUACAUAUAUACAUAUAUAUAUAUAUAUGUAUAUUUAUACAUAUAUACAUAUAUAUAUAUAUAUGUAUGUAUAUAUAUAUAUAUGUGUGUAUGUAUAUAUAUAUAUGUAUAUUUACAUAUAUAUAUAUAUAUAUUGUACUGUUUGUCAAAGCACUCUGUAAACUUCUGUUUUUAAAAGUGCUAUAAAAAUAAAGUUAUUAUUAUUAUUAUUAAUAUUUAUUGUUAUUAUUAUUAUUAUUUUUAUUAAUAAUAAUAAUAAAAUUACUCAUUAUUAUUAUUUUUAUUAUUAUUAUUAUUAUUAUUAUUAUUAUUAUUAUUAUUAUUAUUAUAAAAAUUGACUAAGACAUUAAAUAUCAUACAUGACAACAAAUCAUAAACAAUAAAUUAUUUAAAAAAUGAUCUUUGAAGCAUCCCGUGAUGAUUUAUGAGAAAUAUCAAGAGCCAUGAUAAAGAAAGUGCAGUGUGAUCAUACUUACAACCUCUGACCCGGGCUGCUCAGGUUGACUCUUUACACAGAUGUUGGUGUGAAUGUGACUCUGUGACGAUAGAAACCGAAUCAGAGAGCAGAGGGUGGAAGUUUAGAGUCCAAAUACGAUCCUAAAAUGUACUGAAAAGGUUUUUCUUAUUCAUUCUGCCAGGAAAACACGAUAUCAACAUAUAUGACACAUUUUGCAUGACUUAAUCUGGUGACUCAGCAGAGGGAAAGAAGCGAAACUGCUUCGCCAAAGAUCUCGCCAUCACAAGGUGACACUCCUCCACUGUCAGCAUGUUGAUCCCACUCUUUAUCGCAUUUUGGAUAUUAGUAGAUAUGAUUUGUUUAACUCAACUCAGUUUAAUACCUAACUGUGCUGAGAGAUUACUGACAUUAUCAGUGGUGUUUUUAUUAACUUUGCUAUAAAAUCUGUAAACAGAAGCUGCUUUUUUCUGACAUAUAUCUCACGGCGGUGGUUCAGAGCUUCAAAACUAAGAACAGAGAAAUAAUCAGUUAGUGUUGGAGCUUUAAUGUGAAUGAUAUAAAAAUAAAGAUGUACAAAUUCCAAAGUUUCAUCAGUAGAGGUGUUUUUUAUGUUGGUGGAUAGUCGGGAGCUGAGGUGAGAUUAGCGAGCAGCAGACAUCACAGCUGAUUGUUAGAGGAAGAGACAGCCGUCAAUCAUCAGUCAGAAAAACACCUCUCUGUUCACACCUCUCUCUCUUUUUUAUUCCUCAUGAGGAAAUCAGGAUCUCCCCAGAAACAAAGUUAAAAAGAUGUUUGGUGUCUAGUACUAUGGCUGGGACCCUAUAUGUCCUGUUGAUGAAGUUAGGUGCUGUUCUGAGCAUUAUUUGUGGCUAUAGAGUGGCGUUUUGGUUGAGCACACGGCUCCCUGUAUUGCUAUCUGCGGUCGUUUCUUAAGUUGGUAUAACUAGAGAAGCAAGCGGUCGGCAACAUUCAUGUCUAACUCGGUGUUAUGAUGUGUUUGACAAUAAAUUAAUUUUACGCCAGAAUAUCCCUUUAAAUGGCAGUUAAAUCUAAUAUUUACAAACGUGUUUAAAUCAGAGGAUAAUCACCUCUUCAUAACAGAGAAGUUGAAAUAGAUUUGUCGUCAUGUAAAUAAGGUUUUCAUGGUGGAAACUCCACAAAGAAAAAGGAACUCGUAAGAGCCAUAACUUGACGUUGAAGGGAAAUGCUCCUCCAAGUCACUAGAGGGCAGCCAAGAGUGAUUUUGGUGGCGGCUGACUCGCCACACUUGUUUUUGUGUUAAUGAUUCCGCUGGAGAGGCAAACAGUUUCUGACUUAAUUACUCUGAUCUACGAUUAUGGGUUUUAUUUGUGAUUUAUGUCUGUAAUUGUCAACAUCUGCUUAAUGGAAGCGAUAAACAAAACAACAACGUUGCUGUAAGAAAAUAAAACAUCACUAAUAUUUAAAAAAAGCGGACUUUGUUAUUUUCUUUGAGUACACAUCAAAACAAUGGACUCAUUAGCAGCCAGUUGUAGCUUCAGUAUACUUACCGUGCAUCAGAGGUGGGGGAAAGCCCCUAUGUUGCAAGUCCAAGUCAAGUCUCAAGUCCUUUGCUCUCAAGUCCCAAGUCAAGUCCAAGUCCUGAACUUUUUGUUUCGAGUCCCAACCAAGUCCUUACCAUUUCUUUCAAGUCAAAAACAAGUCAUAUCAAAGCCAUAAACCAUUUGUUAUAUGUAAAGAUUUACAUAAAUCAUGAGCAUUUUUCACUAUUUGCAUUUAUUAUUAAACAAGGGUUCUUGUUUGUGUGAAGUUACAAAGGAAAAGGAAAUAAGCAGACUUGGCAACACAACACGGUGUUACCAACGGCCGUAAUUCUUGACUAUUAGUUGAUGCGACACUUUUUAAACGGUUUGGGCUUGCUGUACAGUAUUAAGUGACUUGAAAAGACUUGACUUGACUUUUCAAGUCACUGGGCCCAAGUCAAGUCAAGUCUCAAGUCUUUAGCAAUCAAGUCCCAAGCGAGUCCAAGUCAUUUCUUGAUUUCAUCAAGCAGGUCAAAAACGUGACUCAAGUCCAAGUCGAGUCUCGAGUCGAGUCGUCAAGGCCCCGCCUCUGCCGUGUAUAACAGGAGCUUCUUGGCCUUAAAUGGCCGUGCCUUUAAUAAAAUAAGGGGUGAGUAAGGGAGCCUUUUAUUACAGAUUCUGACCACAAGGCAUUACCAAAUACUCCCAUUCUGCACACCAUACCUUUAAAGCUCUCUGUGAACCAGCAGACAAAAAUAGACCCCCCUCCUCCUCCAAAAUCUCCAUCAAUGGUUCUCCAAACGUCACCUUAAAACUUACUCGUCCUGUUAUGUAAGCGUGCCCCUCAGUGGUGUUGCGUUUGAAGAGGUUCAUCUGCUGCAUCAUAAUGUUUGAGGAGCCUUGAAUCGAAACCGUGACGGUGCUGACUUCAAUCACACAGACCUGCUGGAUACCUGUAAAUAACUCCGGAUGGAUCUGGUCCUUUACUGCUAAGAUUAACUUGUGAUCCUCUUCUCUCUCUCUCUCUCUUUCUCUUUGCACGCCCUCCUCCUGUGUUUGGCAUAUGUUGAGGAGAUUAAUUAGAGUUCUACACCUGCCAUGUUAUAUAAUUGUUCAGCGGCUGUGACUGAUGCACCAACAAUUCAGACAUUUUGUGGGGCUCUAUUCGAAACUGGGAUUAUUUUGUAGUUUAAAAAGAUAAGUGGUAAUAUUUUGUUAAACUGGUUUUCUUUGUUUGUUUUUUUAACAUGUUGGGUUUGUUUGUUUGUUUGUUUAUAGAUCCUGGUUUUGGACGAGUUCUGCUGUCUCCUGUGAAUUGUUUAACCUUUACAGACGACAUUAUACACAGCUCUUUAUGGAUUAUGGAUGGUUAUUGUGUUCAGGCUUAUUUUUCAUCAGUUUCUUUCCACACAUGACUCUCGCACCUCCUUUCACCCGCUGCAUCAUCAUCACGCUGAAUGUAUUAAAGACACUUUCAGCUCUAUAAUCCUGUUUUUCUGUAUUUUUUAAGGCUGUAAGGAGUGCUGCGAGCGAUGCGUGGGCAGCCUCCCCUGGGCCUCUCUCAUCGCCACCAUCCUCCUCUACAUGGGCGUGGCCUUGUUCUGUGGGUGUGGCCACGAGGCUCUGACCGGCACCGUCAACAUUCUCCAGAACUACUUUGAGGUCAUCAGAGCCCCGGGAGAGACGCUGGAUGUGUUCACCAUGUGAGUGACCUGUUUAAUACGCCGUUUCCUGGACCUGACCUUCGGGUUUUCAUACAUUAAUCACUAAAUGAAAUCCAGUCAAGGUUCACCUCAGAUUUCUCUGUUUUAUUUUCACUUUUCAAGCCGCAGUGAGUUUUAGUGUGCCAAGAGUUCAAGUUGUCAAAGGUUAACUGUAGCAGUGUCCCCGCCUCUGGUGUCAGAUGAGUGUUUUCAAAAUAAAGCAUGCAAUCUGAUGUAAUGUCUCCAGAUGUAUCUGGAUCCAGGGACUUUGAAGGGCCUAUUUACAUCACUCUUACAGUUUAGCUUGGGUGACCAUAUUCUGAAUCCCCAAGAAGGCCGCAUGACUAUGUGGGGCGGAGUCACAGAGUUAAUUUUGAUCGUUUUUCAGGUCAGAUCGGGUGUAUUUUAUGUGCCUCUAACUCAGUAAAUCCACGCGACACAAACUCAAAACUUCCAUACAAAACCACAGACAUUUGAAAGACUUUAUAAACUCUCCCAGACAAGGCUGGACAGCUCCCAAAAAAGAGGACAUGCCUGGGUAAAAGAAGAUGUAUGGUCACCCUAGUUUAGCAACCGGUGGCUAUCGGGCUAACUUGCUAGCAUAGUUGGUAGAUUUACUCGUGAGAGUCAGAUGAAACCUUGUAAAACUCUGGGAAUUCUGUUAAUUAAGGAUAUUUGAAAAAAUAAAAAAAAUAGAAGCCUUGCGUAUCUGAUCCAGCCGCAGGAGCCGAUCCGCAGCGGAGCUAGACGCCGGACAGAUUCCGUGGACUCACAUUGAUCAUAAUGCUUUUGGAUUUGAUCUGCCGGCCGUACCGUAGUGGAACAGAGCCCUUAAACUAAAGAUAGCGCUCUAAUGCACCGACACGUCUCCAUCCACAGUUUUAGCCUAUUUUAAAAAAUAAAGUCUGUGACGCCUGUGCAUCUUGACUUAAAUCAAUUCAUAUAAACGUCUAUAUAAAUCCAUCCCUUGUUCCAAUUACUAACGUUAUAAACACCUUCUCAUACUUUAGUGUGAUUCCGUUGCAAAUAACUUACUGUCUUUGCAUUUUUACAAAGUUCUUGUAUUUAUUUCUCCAAUAUUUAUGUCUGAGCUUGUUUGGUAGUUGAAUAAUUACAAUACUCUCUAUCAUCGAAUGAUUAGUUCACGUGCACAAGAAAGGUUUACACGAGGGUAUACAUGGACGAGAAAAUCAAUCCUCGACUGCAUUUUCAUGACCUGUUAGUCCAACGUUGAGAAGUUCAAUUUAGUGUGAUUUCAGUCAAACUGAGUUAAACAUGGAAACUGAAUCUCUCAUAGUUAAUGUCCUGUAACCGUUGCUGGCUUGGUUACCCGCCAUUACCUUUCCCUUCAUAUCUCCAACUCUCUACCCUCUAUACCUGCUGUCUCUCUGCAGCUGUCAUAUAAAAAAAGACAAAAAACUAUAUAUUGGAAAUUAAAUGUAGACAAAUGUAAUGACACAAAAGUCUGGAUGUAUUGAUUAUUGGUUAUCUGCUCCAGACGAACCCUCCCUCUCCCCCGUGUCGUCUGAUUUCUUUUUGGCGAAUAAACUCAGCUGAAGAGUGUGUUGAGACUAGUGAAAGCAGUCUAGCUUAAACAUUAAUUAACAUCAAUUAAUCACUGACACUGUGGUGUGUGUUUGUGUGUGUGUGUGUCCCCACAGUAUUGAUAUCCUGAAGUACAUCAUCUACGGGCUUGCAGCUGGUUUCUUUGUGUUUGGAGUGCUGCUGCUGGUGGAGGGCUUCUUCACCACCGGAGCCAUCAGGGAUCUGUAUGGAGAGUUCAAGAUCACUGCCUGCGGACGCUGCCUGACUGCAUUCGUGAGUAACAUCAAACAUAGAUGCAAAAUACGGGAAUUAAUACAGGAAGUUACAUAAUCACGCAAGAUGUUUUGGGUACUUUUAUAAGGUUUUUAUUAGUUUUAUAAGUCCAAACCUUCAAAAACACACAUCAGUUAGUUACAGUGUUGUUCUUGCUGACAUGUUUUUCUAUAAACAUGAUCAUAAUAUACUUCUCUUAAGCACACUGCUGCUGGAGCACUAAAUGUGUAUUAAUCCGCAAAAUAGUCCCUAUCAAAUGCUGCUUCUUUCUUUUGAGAAAACAGGAAUAAAAACAAACUUAACUGAUGAUUAUUUUAAAAAAUCUGUCAAAAGGGUUUUCUAGCAGGUUUGUAACUGAGCACUUUUACAGGAAAUGAUUUUUUCUUCUUUUUAUUGUCUUUCAUUAGUGAAGUUAUGAGGUGCAUGUUUGUAGGAAGUGUAUUAUCUCCAUUGAUUUAAUAUUAAGUUGUGCAAUCAUCAAGUGAAAGAUAUAAAUACCUGUUUUGACAGAAGUCCCGCCCCCUCUUGAUUUUCAUUGGUAGUUUUUCAAAAUGAGAUUUGGACAAAUGGCGUCCCAACAGUUAAACAAGCGCUACGACUAUAAAAAAUAUAGAGAGAUCAGACUGAAUUUUGCACAGGUUGUCCUUCAGGUCGUUAUCUUUGUAGUAUUUGUGUCUUCUAUCAUAAAUCACUCUGUUCUCCGACACGUAAACAAUCAGCAGGUCGGCCAUGUUGGAUAUACCGGUGAAUCAGACGUCGCAACAACACGCAAUCUGAUUGGUCAGAAGUGGACACACAGUAUGCGAAACUUUAAAAAAUCGACCAUGAUCUGAAAAAAUAAAUGCUGCAAUGUCACAGGACGGGAAAACGUCGCUGAUGUGAACGCUUGUAUUGACAGGAUACGGGUUUGAAAAAAAAUAUUGACGUCCGAAAUAAUCGCAGAUAAAAACAGUCCCGGUGUGAAAGGACCUUUAGGGUGUAACUAAAUGUAGACCAGAAAUCAAAACCGACAUAAACACUGUACAGAGAUUUGAUUAUGGGAGACGACUACAUACAUAUCGUGUCCAUUAGGAGUGCAAAAACAAAGUGGCCUUCAAAUAGCAAAGCACUAAAAAUAUUCUCCAUCGAGAGUUCACUUUGAUUUUACAGUCCGAUUCUUUGAAAAUGAGCGAAAUUUUGCAGCAGAGUCGACUCUGUCUGCAGAAAUCAGGGCCAGUAUCUUUCAUACCAGUUCUCAGGCUGUUUUAUCAACAAAGAGGUCAAGCUUACCGAGAUCCCCUGUGGAUGAUCCACUGAAUCCAGGGACCUCUUACAAAAACACUUUAACACCCUUUCCUGUGAAAGCUCUCUGUAACUACCUGCCAGAAAACCCCAGCUAAGGCAAGGCGAUGCGCUUUCUAUUGACAAGAACCUCAUGCUACCACUUUUUUUAUUUAAAAUGAAACUAUCCCUUUAAAAUUAAGUCAUUUAAACAGUUUAUAUAACAUUAGCUAGUUUAUAAACAGAGUGCACAAGAUUUAGAUGUGUGCAAAAACUGUGAACAGUCUUUUAGAAAUGAUAAAUUAUGAUAAUGUGCUAUUAGUGUUGACAGAUCUGUGCGUCUACGUCUGUCUCUUCAUCACAUCUGAUUCAUACAGAGAGAGAGAGAGAGCUCAGAGUUUGUCCACAUCUGCUGAGGAAAUCUUUCCCUCACAGCUGUGUGUACAAGCCUCUGGAGACAACAGAAACACACACACACACACACAAAUACGGACACACACAGGUGUUUACUCCGUCACAGCGAGCUAAAGGACAAAAAAACGAAAGCUAGUCAUCUGUGGUAUUUGAGAUCUUUUCACAUCAGUGUGAAUAAUGAAGAGUUUUGGUUGAAUUAUUACUUCUGCUCUAAAAUCCACAACUGUAAUUUAGAAGCACUGAGUGUUUUCAGCAUAAUGGGAAACAGAUGUCAGGGGAAGGAAAAGUUGUACUUUGUUAAUAAAUGAGUAAAAUUUAAUGAGAAUCACAACUACUUCACUGUUCCCUGGAGGGAAAUCAUCUGAAAUUAUGGCUGCUCCAUUUCUAAGAGAGAAAAGUAAGUAGAUAUUCUACAAUAACAGGCAUACACCUGAUGCAUGCAUGUACAGGAUUCUGUAAUAUGUUAUGGCGCUAUCCUUAGAUAAAAAAAAAAAAAAAAACAUAAAUACGGGGAAAAACAUAGAGUACAUAAUUCCAAAUUCAUGAUAUUAUUGCUUCAGUACAUUAACGCUGUAUGCCUUAGAGUUUACUUUAUCAGAUAUGAAUUUUGAGUUGCAGUUGUUUGAAGCAGAGAGAGAGAAGUGUAUAGGACUUACUGUGUGCAAAACGACGGUUACAGUAAAUACAUAAAACAGCGUAAGCCUUGAACAGGCGCCUAGAUGAUUAGUGAGAGAGGAGAUUUUAAAACGAUGGCUCUGGUUACAGUAAAUAUUUCAUCAUACAGAUUAAAAACUCAAGAUUUAGUAUCUAUUCCAAACAGCCUGGAUUUGAUCCUAACCUGCUGACAUUUACCACUUUUCUUUCUCUAAUGUCAUUCCCAGUUUUCCUCUCUUUUCACUUGUCUCCCCAUAAAAUAAAGUAUUGAUGUCUGAGAUUAAAUUUCAAAAUAAUAUAGAUAUAUAAAUCAAUCAAGCUCUGUAUCACAUUGUGCUUACCACAACACCAUAAAAUGCCUCUGACAUAUCAAGUGAACCAGUUAAUAUUAAUGUUGUGAUGAAAGAAGGUAUAAAAGUGCAUUGUGUUCACCAAUUCUCACAGUUACUACAUUUGUAAUCCAUUCAUAAAACUAGAACUUCUCAUGGAAAUGGAAAAAAAAAUUGUGACGAGACAAUAACAUUUUUAAAAAGGGGCAAAAAAGAGAAACACUGUGAAGACUAACUUUUAGUCAGGAUCAUAGACUGUAUAUAGAACGGACGCAGUCUGCCUCCUCGCUGGGUGAAACCACUCUGAGAACAGCACCCUCUGGUGACGGGCUGCAGUAUAGGACAUAAAUCCCGCCUCUGCCAUCAAAGCUUAUGAAGCUGUAGACAAACUUUAGAAAUUUAUUACACAGAAUAUAAAUUUGUAGUUACUGUCAGACUGGUUUGUGCUCAAGUCCUCUUUUUUUCUGUGCAGCUCCAUUUUUAAAAGUUAUUGGGGGUUCAUAUUUCCUAUGAUUGACACUUGAUACAGCCUAUUGGUGUACGAAGAUUGUGUAACUCACCCGCGGGAUACGCUGUUUGAGGCAAGUGUCAUCACAGCGACUCUCCUGCUACAACGCUACUGUGCAAGUGUUGGUUUCAGGAAGUGGAGAAAAAACGCUGAAUCACUGAGAGCUUUUCCGCUUCAAAUCUGUAUACAGGCGGGAGGCAGAACCAAGUUGUCCAUAUUAUAUACAGUCUAUGAUCUGGAUGCUGUUUGGAUCUUUUUCAAAGUGCGGAUCACAACUUUACCUGCAGUUACAACUUUUUACCACAGGUGUCGCCACUGAGAGUCAGUUUAAGUUCUGUGAAAUGUUUCCCUCAAAAACACCUGACUAAUGUCUGGUUUGCCUCCCUCUUGGUAUCUCUUCGGUGUGUGUGUGUACAGCUGAUGUUCCUGGCCUACCUGUUCUUCCUGGUGUGGCUCGGAGUCACAGCGUUCACCAGCCUGCCCGUCUUCAUGUACUUCAACGUCUGGUCCAUGUGUCAGAACACCAGCCUGGUGGAGGGGGCCAACCUCUGCCUAGACCUGCGCCAGUUUGGUAAGAGACAUCAUGAUGGAUGGAAACAUGGAUUAAAAGACAUGUCAUUUUUAUUUUGAGUCUUUUGAAUUGUUGCGUAAUUUUCUCAGAAUAUGUCUUCUAGCACUGCUACAGGGCCCAAAAGGUACAAAAAGUUUGGGAAAUACAACUACCAAAAAUAUAAAACAUAAAAAUAGCCACAUGUAGCAGAGACUGGUGGCCUGGGAUGGACUGAUAUAAGAGCCUUUUCUGGUUAUAUAUGCACCUAACUCUUUAACAAUCAUUUCUAUCUUUGUUAGGCGUAAACAAAUUUGUUGAAAUACCCAAAAAUGUAAAAAAAAAUUAAAACCUGACUGAGUCAAAUCGAGUGGUGGGUUUUGGUACAGGACACAAGGGAGACACGAGCAACAGAAUGAAGAAAACACAACUACAACUGCAAAACAGAAAUCCCAGUUUCUGAGUGACAGUUUUUAUUUCCUGAUCUCUGACUCACAUGUAUCAACCUGUUCAGAGCAGGAGAGUUCAUGGCGACUCACCAAAUCACCAAACUGGCUCACAUGAUGGAAAAACCUGUGUGAGCACAACCAAAGUGCCAACUGAGGGCAGAAAACCCACAGAGUACCAUGUGCCGCCGUGGAUAUUUCACCAGAUACUUAGUAAGCUAACGGUGAUACGACAAAGCGCAGUGCUGUGAUGGUACUCAUACUUUAGCAGAUUACAAAGGCAGCUCUGUGGUUUACAAUAAGCCAUUUUUGAUGAACAUUUCAAAUGGGAUACAGAUGAAAACAACAGGGAUAAGAACAACAAAAUAACAAGCGAUUGAUCUAAAACUGUUGCCUUUUCUGAACACGCUGGGGUUAAAAUAACUCAGAGAAGUUUGGAGUUUGUUAUGGAAAGUUGCAUUAAAGGUGGGGUAGUCAGGAUCUGAGGAAGUGCCAGUUUUUAGGAGAAAUCUUGAAUGUAAACUCUACCCCUCCCAACCAGUUUUCCCCUAAGCUCCUUCUCCACCAAGCCCCGCCCACAAACAGACGCUCCUGCUCGCUCGUAUCGUUCCACUUAAAUUCAGAUAUAAUGCAGAUAAAUACUUCAGAUCAUAACAAAUGGGGCCCGGUCAAGGUGAAAGUCAAAAGCAUUGGUGCUACUGUAGAUGCCAACAGACUACCAGCAAACACAAUGUUUGCAGGACUUCUACAACGAGGAUAAAGUGACAUAGUCCAGGACCCGAGGUCAACAGUUUAGCGAUGGCGCUACAACACGCUACAGGAGGUCCGUUUGACAAGAAACACUUCUGUUACAGACACUUGUCUUACUUUGUUAAAGCGGUUUACCUGUCCAGCAGAAAGGUUACAGGGUCACCAAGAUCCCCAAGCGUCCCCCAUCGUUUAUGCUGACCCGGCUUUUUAGCUCUUGUCCGGUCUACCUCCGUUUUAAGCGCCCGUUAUUCCUCCAGAGUCUCCGGUAUUUACUUCUUUUUCUUGCUUGUGUCGGCAGUCGUGGCCAAAGGAGGAUUCAGACAGUUUUACGAACUUUCUGGUUGGUUUCUACUGUCCGAUAUUGUAGCACGCUAACUUUGUUUGGGCUCCUGAACGACACGGGGGAGCAGCGUCUGCCUUACAACCAAUCAGGUCGGGGGAGGCGGAGAAUGGCUUUGUUUACAGUCAGAAAGAGCGGACCGCUCUAAAAAUGUAAAAUGUUGACUACACAGACAUAACGAAACACAGCGAUAUAGUUAUAUUACCAAAUGAUAUUAAAAGCUUUAAAUAAGAUGCUUCUUUAACGGAUUCCUGCCUACCCCACCUUAAAUGCAAACAGACUAUAAAGGCUGUUAUGAUCCUUUAAAUUACUCCGCUUUCUUGGUAAACAGUGGGAAAAGCUCUGAUAUUUUCAGUGAUUUAAUGGUUUACAUAAAAAGUCUGUUGCAGGUUUAAAAAGUCUCAUCUCUCCUUUACAAAAAAAAAUAUAUCUCUACACACUCACAGUCAUGAGGGCAUUCAUACAUCUUGGCGUGGUUGUGGAUAUUUUGUCAUGACGCAGCCACGGCUCUGUCCACCAUGUUGUUCUCCAUAAAAAGAAAAACACACAUGAGCACAAGGCAGCUCCUGCAACACUGCCACCUGCUGCCCAUUCUGCACUUCACCACCUGCAGCCGAGUAAUUACCGAGUCUGAAUAAUCCUCAUGAGGAGCAUUUCACUUUAAAAAAGCUGCUGGUUCAUAAAGGUGAAGAUACAUUCCCACUAGCCGCACCACCCUGUGGGUCUACUGGUCAGCUCCCAGCAGUCGGCGCUGAAAAAUGUCCUCAUUAAAUAAAAACAGGGACUCUUGACCUGCAGGCUGUAAUAUCUCAAAGUUCUUUAGUCCAUUUAUCACCGGAGUAACAAAGAGUCUGUGUUUUUUUUAAUGUUUGUGUUCAUUAGGAGCCGUUACCAUCUCUGAGGAGAGGAAGGUGUGCACAGGAUCUGAGAAGUUCUUCAAGAUGUGCGAAUCCAACGAGGUGAGUUCGGAAACUCGAAGCGACGUUGCUCUUUAAGAUGUUCUAAUAAUAAAAAUGUAAAUAUCAGUACGAAGAUCCGACUCUGACGCUCGGUUUGUGUUGCAGCUGGACCUGACCUUCCAUCUGUUCGUGUGCGCUCUGGCGGGAGCAGGAGCUGCUGUCAUCGCCAUGGUGAGGGCCAUUAGACUCUUAAAUGUGAUUGGUCAGUGGUCCGCGGUACUAAUCGGUGCUGAUAAGUGUGACCCCCAUUCAGGCUGCUCUCUAUAAAACAUUUUCUCUGUCAUGUCCAUGCCAUAAAAAAAAGAUAUUUCUAUACAUUAAUAUGGGAAUUUUUUUAAGAUCCACGUCCGAUUAAGUAGUUUCUGCGGUAUGAAAAACAGAGAUAUUAGCUUUACAUCUGCUGAUCCUCUUUCAUUAAAAAACACCUUAAUUGGUCAUCAUAACAGACAUGAAAUAGGCCACAUUAAACGGCAUGUGAAAUCUUGUUUCCUUAGUUAGGUACUCCACAUGCUGUGAAUCACACGAGAAAAGAAAUGUGACUCGUGAGCAGCACAGCAGUGACACAGAAGUUUCCAAAUGUGCAUCUACAGUGCUCAGCAUGAAUGAGUACACCCCUUCAGAGUUGUCAGAAAACCUUCAGUUUCCUCUCAAAAUCAACAAUUUUUAUGUCAGACUAUUCGACAAAACACUCCCCAAAUGUAGCAAAUUGAUUGCAAACAAGAUUUUUUUUUAGUGCAUACAAAAAAAAUUGUAUUUUUCAAUUUAAAAUCAAGAUGCAAAAAUGAGUACACCCCAAUCAAAGUUCCCCGGAAAGUCGCAAAAUCGCAUCAGGCUUGUAUAGUCAGGCGCGUCAAAAUUCAGCCUUCGAAUAUUUCGAAGUAAUAUUACGAGCUAAAGUUACUUAGCACAGAUGAAAGUUAAAACAAACUGUUAAAGCACACAAACCAUCGUCAUAUGAGAGAUCCGACGCUAUGUCUCUCCACAAGUUGUCCUUCAGGUCGUUAUCUUUGUAAUGUUUGUGUAAACGAUCAUAAACAAUCAGCCAGUCGGCCAUGUUGGAUAUACCGGUGAAUCUGACGUCGCAACAACAUGCAAUCUGAUUGGUCAGAAAUGGACACACAGUAUACGAAACUUUAGAAAAAUCGACUGUGAUCUGAAAAAAUUAACGCCGCAAUAUCGCAGGACGGGAAAACGUCGCUGAUGUGAACGCUUGUAUUGACAGGAUACGGGUUCAAAAAAAAUAUUGACGUCCGAAAUACUAGCACGAUAAAAACAGUCCCGGUGUGAAAGGGCGUUUAGGGUAAGGGACUUAAAACAAGUCAUGUGUUGUUGUGCUCACACAGUGCGAGUAGAAAUCAUUCGUGGCGCAUUGAUUUUCAUGAUCAUGUGAAAUUUCAGUAGGAGAAACACUGCAGGACUUUGAUACAGCCGUCAUAGACGGACAGGUGAGUCCACUGCUAAAAGGAAACUGUGCAUCUGUUCUGAUUCCAGCUAACAGGUCAUUGGUCAGCUGGAAAGUUCACGUGGACACGGUUCACGGUGAAAACCCACUUCGGUUAAUAUGAGGUCUACAAAAAGCUCUGCAGUGAUACAGUCAGUGAGUCAUCCACCUGUUUAGAUAGGCUAUAAGACGCGUGGAGGGCUCAGCUCUCUACUCUGCAUUCAUCCUGCAGAAAUCAACCCGUCACUGCCCGUACUGCUGGUUUUUUCUCCAUCCUGUCCACCGAACGCAGCAUCAUUACCCGUCCCUCUAUUUUCUGUAGCUGUUUAUUCCUGGUCAGAGUCACAGGGGGUUGGAGUCUUUCCCAGAAACACUCCGCACCUCCUCCACAGCUUUCUAUUAGAGAGAUAAAUUGUGAAGCUUUUAAACACCAAAGAAGCUCUGCAGAAGAGAAGACUGUCUAAUUUGACAGCAUGUACUGAGAGUGAUGAAUCAGAUUCAUUUCUGCGUCGUGGCAGCUGGUAGGAAGGUUUUCUCUCCCUUGUGGGGGAUGUCAGAGCUUCGAAUUCGUGAAGAAACAAUCUGUAUUAGUUUAUUUCCUUAAAGAUUUAUCUAAUUUGGCUUUGACUUUUUACUUCAUCAAGUUUUACAGCCCAUUCAGGAUAAAAACGCAUCCCAACUUGAAACAACAGACAUAACAACCGAUGCAGUGAGUAUAGUUGAAUAAAAGUAAUUGUCUCUCAGUAUCUUUAGUCGUUUUUGGCGGACCGUACUGUUUAAAGUGUGUUAACCUUUACAGCUUUAUUUGUCGAUCUUUAUUUGAAGGAUGUGGCGUCCUUGUGAUGGUCUGUUGGAGAAUAUAACUCUUUGAAUACUUCAGCUUUACUCUGUUAGUCAUGCAAAAAACAAAAACACUUGACAAAAAAGGCAGCAGAUUGAAGUUUUGAAGGUUAAACGGUAAUUAAAUUGAAAUAUCUCAGGUUUUCUUCUGUUUUUAGUCAGUAGGGGGCACUAGAGUAUUGUAAUAGAGGAGGGAGCAUUAAGAGAGUACAGACGCUGACCUCAGAACAGCGUCAACAUACAAAAUCUUCAUUAAUAUUCACCAUUAAGGGCCUUAAAAGUCUUUAUUUCCAUCUUUUCACUCACUUUAAUUCUGCUGCUGUGUUCAAUUUUGCACCAAAUAAACCCAGAUAUAAAAAUCUCUCAUAUUUGUGACCUGCUUGGCAGCAAACCUGAAUCUAUUUUUUUUUUUUUCUAAAAAGUCUAAUUAAAUACUUCAAAAAGAAUAUCCUCUUAAAUUUAUUUCCUUUAUUUAUUUCGUACGACACAAGAUGUUAGGACACAAUAUGGAGAAGUUUUUUUAGACUGUAAUACACAGCAUGAGCAGAAGAUAAGAAGUCAUUAAUGAGUCUCUCAUUAAGGAAAAAUUCAAAUUGAGUAUUGUUGGGACAAAGUUUUGGUUCUGUGUUUCCAUUAGGGAUGGGAAUUGAUAAGAUUUUAUUGAUAUCAAUGCCAUUAUCGAUUCAAUUCUUUAACGAUUCCCUUAUCAAUGCCUUUCUUUGAUUUAAUAAUAAAAAGUAGACUACAGGUUUUCACAGUUAACUCAAAAUUUUAAAGUCUCUGAUAACAGAAAAAGAUGUACGCCACCUUCAGUGAGAGUCUAAAAAUAAUCAAAUGACAAAAUAUUUGUACAGCAUUUACUUCAGUAUUGAGUCAAAUCAGGGUGACCAUAUUAUGGGUCCCCAAAAAGAGGACACUAUUACGUGGGGUGGACUCGCGCGCAAAAAUUUGAGGGUUUUUCAGCUCGGGUUGAGUGUUUUUUACAUGCUUCUAACUUAGUAAGUCCACGUUACACAAACUCAAAACUUUCAUACAGAACCCCGGACAUUUGCCCCCUAGGUAAAAGAGGAUGUAUAACACCCUAACAUACGUACCUUCCAUGCCGUGCUGAGACUGAGUGGCAGCGUCUGACAACCAGCAGAUAACAUCGACCGUAUUUUUCGCACGAUAAGACGAACUUACAAUCCUUUUGGCUUGUCGGAGCGCUGCAGCUACUGUAGCCUCGCGGAGUUAUUGGAUUAGUUAAAUAAAGUUUGACUUAUUUGACUGUUUUGUUUGGCUUCGUGCGCCUCAUAACCCAGUGCGCGAAAAUAGACGCGAAUCGAGGCGUUCAUUGAUGAUGCCUUAUAAUGCGAAAAAUACGUCAAUACAUGUGACUCCUAAUAUUUGAUACCGUGCCCCGUUGACAAAUGCUUCAGCAUGUUUCUGGCGUUUCCACCUUUGGAUGUUAUCGCCGCUCGACAAACGUUGUACGUCGCGCUGCUGUCGUCUUUUUUAGAUAAAUAAGGCCACACUUUAGAUCGUUUCUGGCUACUUUUCGUACCGUCCACCAUUUUUUUCUUUCCUAAAAGUCUCUGUUCUCAGGACAUCCGGAAGAAAGGAAUCGUUAAGAAAAAAUGUAAAUGAUGUCGAUGGAUUGAACCAUUUGGAACCGGUUCUCGAUUCCCAUCCCGAGUUUCCAUGAGGGCAAAUAUAUGAAAAACAAACCUGAAUCAGAGACAUUUCCGCUCGUAUUCACCCUCCGUUGUCCUGAUCCUCCCCAGGUCCACUUCCUGAUGGCUCUGGCCGCCAACUGGGGCUACCUGAAGGACGCCAGCCGGAUGCAGAAGUACGAGGACAUCAAGUCGAAGGAGGAGCAGGAGCUGCAUGACAUCCACUCUACGCGCUCCAAAGAACGCCUCAAUGCCUACACAUAAACACACACCUGCAAGAAACGACACACACUCACACACACUUAACCUGUCAGACACACAAUAUAUGAAACAUGAACACACACACCAUACACACACACACACACACACACACACACACACACACAUGGCCUGACACGAGAACAAGAGGAAAUAUACAGAAUAUAAACGAGUGAAAAAACAAACAUAAAUGUACAUUCAGAGUAAAAUAAAGACACAAAGAGGAAGAAGGUACGAAGAAAAACGAUGAAAACACGGACACCGUCACCAUCCUCAUGUCUGGACUACUGGCUUGGCUAGGCUGUGUUAACACUUUUAUUUGUUUUUAAUUUGACCCAACUUUUACUUUUGAUAAAUAAAACUCUAGCUUUACCUAAAAACAAGCUCAUCACAGCGAGUGGUGCAGCUCGAAGAGAUUGUCAGUAUUUAAUAAGGAGUAAAGUACUUCAAAAAUUCCUCCAAGAAAUAAAAUCUGGCUGCUUCAAACUUUUAAAAGUCCUUUAUUGUUCCUCUGAGGUCAGGACGACAGUGAUUUGGAGGUUUGCAGAUGCUAAAAUCCACCUAUUAUUUUCCAACGGGGGCCAAUCAGUCCUGAAUUCACCGUUGUUGAAUUGAGGUAUUAUCCCGAUCACUCUUGUUGUGUUGGCCCGUGGAGAUACAGCCGAAAAAAGCAAAACCUCGACUCACUAACCGGGUAAAAUAAGAAACAGGAUCUUCCUGUCAGCAGGCACAAAUCUGCUUAAAAAUAUCUACAACAGGCCAGAAAGAAAACCAAAAGAGCAUUAAAAACAAUUCAAAACAAAAGCAAAGCAAAAGAAAAGUGGCGUUUGGAGAUAAGAGCACAAAAAAAAACUACAGAAUGAGACCAAAAAGGUGAAAAUGAGCAGAAAAACCCAAAGAACAGUCACACAAAUGUGCCUGUUUGUGGCCCCUCUAAGUUGUUUAUUACUCGAUUAUUCAUUCUUCGAAAUAAAAGACGUAUCCUAUCUUUUAUUUUGCCCGUUUUGUGUAAGUUUUCCGGGUUUAACACGGCACGCCAAAGCCACGAAACUACCUCAGACAUCCGGAUGAGUUUGGUGUCUGUGAGUUCAUCCUAAAACAAGGGGGCGCUGUCACUGUAUCCCCCCCCCCUUACUCCUGCAGUACACACAUCACACACAAUCACACACUCUCACAUAUAGAUGUGGCUGAAUGGUCGGUGUUGUGCAGGCAGUGUUGUACGGUGGUGUCAUGCUGUGUCGUGUCGUUUCGCCACAUUAUGAUGACUGGUACUGCAGAGAAAAAUGGUCCCCGAGGAUGUUUGUACCUCACUGGUGCAAAUGAGUAGCUUUGCUAACUUUUCCCCCUCUCUCUCUCUCUCUGUCUCUCCCCUCCUUCCUCUCCUCAAUACCCUCCUCUUCCUCUACUCUGUGAACCUUUCAUCAUGAGCCCAGUUUCAGUCGUCGUUUUCUCAGAUUCGUGAAAAGUGGCCGUUGAACGAAUGAGGUUUGGCGUAACGGAAACGCGCAAACUCGCGAAAUACGCAGACACGCCGUCGUAAAAAAAAUCCCAAUUUCACGCUAGCAUUGCUUAAAUUGUGACGCCAAUGCUAGCUCGGUACGUCCUCAAUAUGGCGGCUAGAACAGCUUCUGAAACAGGGCUCGGCUCCCUCCCCUCUCCUCCCCUCUACCCUCCAUCCCUGAUUUGUAUAAACUUGUGAUUUGUCCUCAGAAACAGCACAUCUUAGCAGCACAAAGUCUUUUUAACGUGUGUCAUGUUCUCAUCAGUCUGAUAAAUAAUGUUUUUUCUCACUUUUUGGAAUUUUGCCACAUUUUUAUCAGUAUUAUUUAUGUGUAAUUUUAGCAUUCGGGUGGGGGGGCGUUAAAACAGGGCAGGUGUGUGUAAGGGGGCGGGGUUAGGGGGUCGGUCGUUACAAUUCCACAUUUUCUUGUGAUGAUUCUGUAUUUCAGUGGUUCUGCACACACACAGACACACAUAGACACACAUACACAUGCGUAUGCACCAAUCAUGUUGAGAAUUUUACAUCGUCAUGUUUUUCGUUUUUUUCUUUUUUACAUUUUCUUUGAUAUAAAAAAACGAGCCCUAAUGUGACCAAAACUCCAGUUCAUGUAUAAGCUAAAUUUAAAAACUCACUGAUACUGAUAUUAAAGUGUUAUUAGUGAAAGAAUCAGAGGGUUACUGUGAAGGAUGUGUUUCCGGAUAGAGGAUCUAAUUUAGAAGUGUUUGAGACGUCAAAAAAAAAAGGAAAGGUGUGAAGGGAAGUGUUGGAAAAGGUUUGAAGAGAGCAGGUAAAAGAAGUUAAACUCACCACUGUUGGCUGCAGGGAUCCAACCGGAGAGGUUGUACUGAGAAUGAGGACCAGUGAAUGAUGUUCCAGCUGAUAAGCUCGUGGUAUUGGAAAGAUUUGCGUUCACGGAGAGUUUAACGGUUUUAAAGACUGCCCACUUUUAUAUUUAAGAUCUUCGUUUAUCUUCUCAGGUGCUUCUUUACUGGUUUUGCUGAAGAUCACCUUAAAUGUGAUCAUUCCGGUUGAGUUUGAAUAUCUCGAAUCCUCUCAUUCUUUUUUUGUUUUCGUUUUGUUCUCGUAGGUAGAUUUGACCAAAUUCGUAAAAAAAAAAACUAAAAAAAAAAACUUUACAAAUUAAAAUUUUUAGUAUUUGGAAAUGAAAAUACUUGAAAUAUGUGUUGCAAGUGUGCAGGGCUGUUAUAUUUAUUUCAUGUUAUUUUGAGCCAUUAGAGUAAAGGUGUGUUGAGACCAAAAGUGAGGUGAAUUUGGAACGACAUGAACACUGUGUCGAUAAAAGACAUUUUAAUUUUGAUCAAAUUGCUCACGAGAAACAAGAUUGAAGCGCUGAUGUUGUGCAGGAUAUGGAUCCAAAUUCCAUUUAAAAAACAAGCAGUUUAAAGGUUUUUGCUUGUAGUUUCCAAAAGCGACCAAACAAGGUGAAAAAAGUACUUUUUACAACUUUAUACAACAAUGUAGUUAUUCCGGCUUUUUUCCAGGUAGUUGCAGCUGUUGGACGGGGUUUUUUCUGGCGUAUACUACCAGAUUAUGAGACUCUGUCCUCGCAUUAGUUAACCCGAGAGGCAAAUACUCAAACAUUUUAGCGGCCAAACUCCAAACUUGUCCUCACUUUUGGUGCAGACACAUCUUUCGAGGGUUGUUCGUUCUGUCCUGGUUUAACUGUGAAGGAAAGUGACGAUUCUCUAUCUGCCAGUAGAGACGACUGAGAGGGAACGAUGACUGUGCUAGUGAUGAUGAUGAUGAUAAUAGUGGUGAUGAAGGGUUUGAUCUGAUGAGACUACCAGCGCACACACACUCACACACACAAACAAACAAAUACACACAUACACACUAAAUACACACACAAACACAGAGUCCACCACCGCCAUCACUCUGAGCCAUAAUUCUUUGCUCUUUUACUUUUCACCAAUAACAUUUCACUAUUUUAUUAUCGACUUUUAAAACUUUUUAAAUGUGAAAUCAUUUAAUUAGAAAAAAAGAAAUGUGUUUUCUUUUCUCUCUCUCUCUCUCUUUUUAUUUUUUUUUGUGGGCAGUACUAAAGCACUGUACCUACAUUAACUCUGUAUAAAGAUAUACAUAUAUGUGAAACAGUCGAGGUGAGCAGCCGGGAGAAUGAUUCGGUUACAGAGUCUGGAGGAGGCGGUUCAGUCCCAAUGUCCUGAACUCCUGCUCCCUCAUAAAGCUGCAUUUACACUCACAGGAACGACAGCAGGUUUUACGAGAGACUGGCUUUAAAAUUCAGACUAAACUACGCGACUAAAGCAGGUGUGCCACGAUCAGAUAAUCGGUGACUUUGAAAUAUCAUUAAAAGAAUUUUGGCACCAGAUUAUAAUGGAAAAUACAACAAAAGUAGAAAACGAGUGUAAAAAAGUCGUAUUAGUAUUUGACUCAGUUUUAAAAAUCUGCCCCUCUUUGACAUAUUUUUGAUUAUUUAGUGCUUUAAAAUGAUAUUUAAAACACAUUUAAGGUUCUUUUUUUUUUUCUUUUUUAGUCUCAUAUCAGGCAACAGCACAAAAAGCUAAAUUAACGUCUCAUGUUUACAUUCGUUCCAACAGUUGGAACCUGCUGCGUUUAAAAAACGAAUUUUGGUACGAGUUGUUUGUAAUUUGAUUUUUAAAUGUGUUACGUUUAAUUAUGCAAUUCUUCCUGCAGCACCUAAAAGUGCCACUAGAGGCGCUAACAUAUCUUUUAGAGGCAAAAUUGCUCACAAGAUGGUGACAAUAACUUUGAAAAACUGAGACGACGAGCGCGUUAGAACCUCAUAUGAGAAAAUCUCAUGAUUGUUGUUGAUUGUCAGGAGAGAUUUUGCACGUUUCUCAGAGAUAAACUGAAAUCACACAUGACCGGAGGCCUGGGUGUCUUGACCUCACAGUUAUUUGUUGAGAAGAUGUCAAACCUGGUUCUUGUGACGUGUAAAUGCAGCUAAAUUUGACUGAAAUGUGAAAAAUGAACCACCUGUGUCGAUGAGGAGAGACUCCGCCAGACUCGUGUCCUGUUCAGGUGCGUCUCGGCUGCAUACAGUCAGUAUUUUUAAGGGUCUAGUUUUACAGUAACAGUAUUCUAUCAUUUCAUUGCCUGACAAUGGAUGUCAUGUCAGUGUUUUUAACCUCAGAUAAAAGAAAAAAAUAGUUUUUUGUGCACUUAUUGACCAUUGUGAGCUCUCUCUCUCUCUUAUUCUUGGUGUGUAAGUGCAUUGAGAUCCCCACCGAGGGACCUGUGUAUAGUCUUGCAGCAUUGGUUAUAACCUGAAGAAAUAACAAUGAUGAAACGAAUGAAUUCAUAAUAAUGAAGAUAAUCUUAUUCUAGGUUUAAAAAAAAAAUAGAAAAAAAAGACAGUGAAUCUAGUUGUUGUUUGUGGCAUGGUUAUGCAUUCAAUGGUCAUAAUUUUAAUGAUUAAAACAAUACAAAAAAAAAAAAUCAUUCUUUUCCACUGGCGCUGUUCUGCUGUUUUUGUUCUGUUUUCACCUUUUUCAGUGUGCAGUAUUGCGGUUCCUGUUGCUAAUGGUGUUGCUAAGCUAGCUUGCUUGCUCAGUUGUUUACCACCAGAGCAAUAUAUUGUAGCAGAAAUCAAGACGUAAACAAGAAAACCAUCAAUUUCUGGCAUUAAAGUGCAUGAAUGCAAGUCUUAAGUGAUAUGAUCAUGGUGUUUUUAUUGUUUCUCCUAAUAAAGCGAAUUUGCAGACGUGGUGUAAUGUAUUGCUCUGGCCACCCCCCACCCCUCCCCUUCUCCUCUUCAUCCUGCAUCCACCUCUGCUCGCGUCGUCUUCCUCGCCCCGUUCUGACGAAGCCGCAGUCGCACCACGGCUCUGCGCUUUUGUAUUUAAAAAUGACUCAUGUCUGAUUUCCUGUGUGCACGCUCGCAGGAGUCACCCAUGCAGAAGUAAAGCUCCAUGUUACCUAGCAACAAGCACAGUCUGUCCAGCUCACACGGCCAAAUCACCAUGUGUAAUGAAGGCCGGAUGAUAACUCAGAGCUGCACGGUUGGACUCUGGUAGAUCUAAAGUGCACACACACAAUAAAAAAUAGUCCAUCUGAGGGAAACACCUCUGCCGGGUGGUGUGACUGGAGCUGGAAAUGUGAAAUAUGUGAAAUUUUUGAUCCAGCGACCAUGUCAGGAUCAAUCUGCCGCUGAAACGAGGAAGACAAUGCGAGCCGCUUGCUCUCCAUUUGUUUACAUCUCCUCAUUUCCUCACCUCGUCUCCUUGUGAAGAUGAUUUUUUUCUUUAUAUUUAAUGUCAGUGUUGACACGCACUAAUCCUGCGUCCUUCUUGUCUACCCGCUGACCACGGCUGAACAUGGACUCACUCUACCAUUCCACCAUCCUGGCUGCACGCUUUCUGUGACAGGAUUCAGACAAAAUAUAAACCUUGACCACGUCAGCGUACUAAAGCAUGAAUUUCAAUAAGAUGAAGUCUGAUUUGAAACCCUGUGUGUGAGGACGAUUUGAUCUGUUUUUGACUGUUUUUGCAGCUCUGUAUCACAGGAUGAAAAAUCAGAUCCUCUGUGCCUGAACGUGUUCAGCUCUUGUCCAUCAUGAACUGAAACCUCAGAUCUAAAAAUCGAUGAUGUCAAACCGAUCAUCGCCUGUUUCAGAUCCAUGCAAUGUGUCAGGUUGGACAUUUUGGACGUUGGGAGUAGUUUCUCUUUUUUUUUCUGUUUCUCCAUAGUAUUUUAGACUUUUUGUACUCCACUCUGGUUGCUUAGUAGCAGGCUUUAUCUGACUCACUCCUCCAUUUUUGUACAUAUCUGUGCCAACAGCUUGGGCAGACAGUGGCUUUUUUUAUUUGUAAAGACAUAAACUUGCUUGCAUAUAUAAAUAAAAUGAAAUAAUACACUUGUGUACUUGUUAAUAAGGGAAC